UGGAUCCUCCCUGGUGCUGGAGUGAGAGCCAGCUGAUCCAGCUGUGUUCCCCGGGUGCUGGCCUCACCCCGAUGAGCCUGUCUCUAGGCUUUACCUCCUCCUCUGUGUCAUUCCAGCCUUGGACAAGAUGAGCAAGGAGAGCUUCAACAAUGUCCCUGACCUGGAGCUCAACCCGAUCCGAUCCAAAAUCGUUCGUGCCUUCUUCGAUAACAGGAACCUGCGUAAGGGACCCAGUGGCCUGGCUGAUGAGAUCAACUUCGAGGACUUCCUGACUAUCAUGUCUUACUUCCGGCCCAUCGACACCACCCUGGGCGAGGAGCAGGUGGAGCUGUCCAGAAAGGAGAAGCUGAAAUUUCUGUUCCAUAUGUACGACUCGGACAGCGACGGCCGCAUCACCCUGGAAGAAUAUAGAAAUGUGGUGGAGGAACUGCUUUCUGGGAACCCCCACAUCGAGAAGGAGUCAGCGCGGUCCAUUGCAGAUGGAGCCAUGAUGGAGGCGGCCAGUGUGUGUGUGGGGCAGAUGGAACCGGACCAGGUGUACGAGGGGAUCACCUUUGAGGACUUCCUGAAGAUCUGGCAGGGAAUCGACAUCGAGACCAAGAUGCACAUCCGCUUCCUCAACAUGGAGACCAUCGCCCUCUGCCACUGACCUGCCGCCACUGACCAACGCAAGGGAGGGGGUGGUUGGAAGCUGGAAGUGGCGAGGUCCACUGUUCAGCCCUUUGCCUAAGCUGCUGUGACAAUACCCCUUCCUUAUCCUUCCUGUGGGGUGUGGUGUGCGGGACUCUGCUGUUUUUAUUUCUAAUGAUGACAAUAAAGGUUUCUUAAUGA